CAGGCCAGGGGGAUGCGCGCCGGCGGACAUGCGCCCGCUCGCCGUCGCCGUCGCGCUCCUCGCCGCAGCGGCCGCGGCCGCCGCGCUGCCGCCAGUCGUCAAGAUCGGUGCUGUAUUUACACAAGAUCAAAAAGACAGUAGCACAGAACUGGCAUUCAAGUAUGCAGUGUAUCGCAUCAACAAAGACAAACAUUUGCUGCCGAAAACCACGCUCAAGUACGACAUCAAAUACGUUCCAAAAGACGACAGCUUCCACGCAUCAAAGAAAGCUUGCCAGCAGGUGAGGUUCGGCGUCCAGGCGGUGUUCGGGCCGUCGGACCCGCUGCUGGGCGCACACAUCCACUCCAUCUGCGACGCGCUCGACAUCCCCCACCUGGAGGCGCGCCUCGACCUCGACACCGAGUACAAAGAGUUCUCCAUCAACCUCUACCCCUCGCAGUCGCUGCUCAACAACGCUUUCCAGGACGUCAUGGCCUUCCUCAACUGGACGCGAGUCGCCAUCGUCUACGAAGAAGAUUACGGCCUGAUCAAGCUGCGGGAGCUGGUGCGAGCGCCCACCAACCGCGACGUCGAGAUCCACCUGCGGCAGGCCGACCCGGACAACUACCGCUCCGUGCUCAAGGAGAUCAAGAGCAAGGAGAUCCACAACCUGGUCGUCGACACCAAGCCCGAGCACAUGCACCACUUCCUCAGAGGCAUACUACAACUGCAGAUGAAUGACUACAAAUACCACUACCUCUUCACAACUUUUGAUAUCGAGACGUUUGACUUGGAAGACUUCAAAUAUAAUUUCGUUAACAUGACAGCGUUCCGAAUAGUGGACGCCGAGGACGUCGGUGUAAAAGAGAUACUGAAGGACAUGGAACGUUUCCAGCCCGUAGGUCAUAGCAUUUUAAACAGGUCAAACAUUAUUCAGGCGGAGCCGGCGCUGAUGUACGACUCGGUGUAUGUUUUCGCCAUCGGGCUGCAGACGCUGGACCAGAGCCACACCCUGCGGCUGUCCAACGUCUCCUGCGAGGAGGAGGUGCCCUGGGAUGGCGGCCUCAGUCUCAUCAACUACAUCAACUCGGUGGAGCUGAAGGGGCUCAGCGGGCCGAUCGAGUUCAAAGAGGGGCGGCGCAUCCAGUUCAAGCUGGACCUGCUGAAGCUGAAGCAGCACGCGCUCGUCAAGGUCGGCGAGUGGAGCCCCGGCUCUGGAGUCAACAUCACCGACCGCGCCGCCUUCUUCGACCCGGGCACCAUGAACGUCACUCUCGUCGUCAUCACAAUACUGGAGAUCCCGUACGUGAUGAUGCACUACGGCAAGAACUACACGGGGAACGAUCGUUUCUACGGCUUCUGCGUGGACCUGUUGGAGCGCAUCGCUCGCGACGUGGGCUUCGACUACAUCCUGGACCUGGUGCCUGACCGCAAGUACGGCGCCCAGGAUCCCAUCACUGGCGAGUGGAACGGCAUGGUGCUGCACCUCAUGAAGCACGAGACGCCGUACGUGAUGCUGCGGCCGCAGCCCAACCUGACGGGGAACGCGCGCUACGAGGGCUUCUGCAUCGACCUGCUGCGAGAGAUCGCCGCCAUGGUCGGCUUCGAGUACCGCAUCGAGCUGGUGCCGGACGGCAAGUACGGCGUCUACGACCUGGAGACGGGCGAGUGGAACGGCAUCGUGCGCCAGCUCAUGGACAAGAAAGCAGAUCUGGCAGUUGGCUCGAUGACCAUCAACUACGCCAGGGAGAGCGUCAUAGACUUCACGAAGCCGUUCAUGAACCUUGGAAUCAGCAUCCUUUUCAAGGUGCCGACGGACAAGGAGUCGACGUUCUUCACGUUCCUGGACCCGCUGGCGCUGGACAUCUGGUGCCUGGUGGUGGGGGCCUUCCUGCUCGCCUGCCUGUCGCUGUUCGCGCUCGCCCGCUUCUCGCCCUACGAGUGGCGCAACCCCAGGCCGUGGCGCACCCCCGACUUCCUCGUCAACCAGUUCUCGCUCUCCAACAGCCUGUGGUUCGUCACGGGAACUCUGCUGCGACAGGGCUCCGGAGUCAACCCCAAGGUCCCCACGAGCGCGCCGACGCGCCUCUUCUCGUUCAUGAACCCGCUGGCCGUCGAGAUCUGGCUGUACGUGCUGGCCGCCUACGUUCUCGUCUCCAUCACCAUGUUCGUGGUGGCCCGGUUCUCGCCCUACGAGUGGCACAACCCGCACCCCUGCGACACGGAGAACGACCUCAUCGAGAACCAGUUCUCGCUCGCCAACAGCUUCUGGUUCACCAUCGGCACGCUCAUGCAGCAGGGCUCCGAUCUCAACCCCAAGGCUACAUCGACGCGCAUCGUGGGCGGCAUCUGGUGGUUCUUCACGCUGAUCAUCAUCUCGUCCUACACGGCCAACCUGGCCGCCUUCCUCACCGUGGAGAGGAUGAUCACGCCUAUUGAGAACGCCGAGGACCUGGCGGGGCAGACGGACAUCUCCUACGGCACUCUGGACAGCGGUUCCACCAUGACGUUCUUCAGGGAUUCGAUGAUCGAAACGUACAAGAAAAUGUGGCGCUUCAUGGAGAACAAGAAGCCGUCGGUGUUCGUCUCGACGUACGAAGAAGGUAUCCAGCGUGUGCUGGAGGGGAACUACGCCUUCCUCAUGGAGUCCACCAUGCUGGACUACAUCGUACAGAGGGACUGCAACCUCACGCAGAUCGGCGGCCUCCUGGAUUCCAAGGGCUACGGCAUCGCCACGCCAAUGGGGUCUCCAUGGCGCGACAAAAUUUCGCUGGCCAUCUUGGAGCUACAGGAGAAGGGUGAGAUUCAGAUCCUGUACGACAAGUGGUGGAAGAACCCAGGAGACACGUGCACUCGCACCGAGAAGGGGAAGGAGUCCAAGGCGAACGCACUUGGUGUCGACAACAUAGGUGGCGUCUUCGUAGUUCUGCUGUGUGGUCUCGCCAUCGCUGUAAUCGUAGCGAUAUUCGAGUUCUGCUACAACUCCAAGAGAAACACGCAGUCAGAACUGCGCGCGACGCCGGCACCGCACCAGUCACUGUGCGCCGAGAUGGCGGAGGAGCUGUGCUUCGCGCUGCGCUGCCGCGGCUCGCGCCAGCGGCCGGCGCUCAAGCGCCAGUGCUCCAAGUGCGCGCCGGCCGCCUCGGGCGCGCCCUACGUGCCCGCCGUGCUCGACCUGCCGCCGGCCAACGGCCUGCGCUCGCACCGCGGCAGCCUGGGCGUCCCGAUCGAGCUGCCGCUGCACCUACAGCACCGGCACAGCCACGCCCACAACCACAACCAUGGGCACGUGCACAGCCACAGCCACGGGCACCACGCGGCCGACUACGACCCCCCCUAGUGGCAGGCGGAGGCGGCGGGGGCGAGCACGGACGCCGACAGUGGUUCCGGGGCGCCGCCCUCGCCCGCCAGCUCGGCGGACACCGCCACCGCCGCCGACCGCUGCGUCGUGCCCGACCCGCUGCACGACUACUGCUCGGCCAGCCUCGUCUCGCUCGCCAUGGCGCGCGCCCACGAGCGCCUGAGGGCGGCCGCGACCAGCCCACCGCGCCUCGACACUGCCAGGCUCUGACCCAGCUGCCGCCGACAGCCCCGUCACCAGAGUGGGAGGGGCCGCCGGGCGUCGGGCGUCCGCCCUGGGACACUGUGCGUCCGUCAACCAAAGUGUGGUGAAAGCUGCUGGACAACUGCAGUGAGCAACCAUUUCCUGGAGUGCAUAGCUGCAAUUUUUCCUCCAGCGUCAUCUCGAGGAUGUCCAUUAUGGGUCUACAUUGGGAUCCAGCUUGGUUCUCAACCCAAGAGUCACCACUCUAGAAAGACGCAGUGGUCAUCUUCCCUGAUAUGUGGAGCCUCAUCUUUUCCUCCAGCUUCAAGGAUAUGUAACUGUCCUGUACAGUUCCACAUUGGUUUUCAACAUAUCUGCCCAAGUGUGAUAAGUUUCACCAUAAAGACACAGUGGGCAACAGUUUCCUGGCAUGUAGACCUACUUCUUUUUCUCCAGUCUUAAGGGUGUACUGCACUGCUGUACAUUACAUGUUCACUUUGCGAAGCAGCAUGUACAUCACGAGACGAGACAGAUGCAGUGACCCUCGUUUCAUGGAAGGUGGAGCUGUCUGUUUUCAUCCAACCUCAUCUAAAGGAUUGCCUACACUACUUUUAUCACAGUCCACAGACAAACCCUGUAGAUCGAUCAGUCCGAUAGUGGUGCACAUUGAGCAACCAGAUACUGGAACGUAGAGCUGCAUCCCCAUAUAUAGAAAAUACUGCUCCACUGAACCUCACAGGUAUACACUAGAGUCUGGCAUUUCUUUAUGCAGAAGAGCUAUGUACAUUGCUGGAUUGAUGGAGAAAUCAACCGUUCACUAGAAUUUGGAUAUGCUUCUUUUCCUUCAGCUCUGUUCCAAGUAUUAAUUACAGCACUGUUUCAUCGCUCUGAGAGACUGCACAUGCAUCAGCCAGAGAGUUGUGAAUGUCGCUGGAUAGGUGGAGUGGGUAAUUAUUGUCUUGAACUUACAGCCGCCCUCUUUUCCUCCGUCACUGAGAUUGGAAGUACCAUUGCUCAUGUGUUCAUAUUGGAACAUUGUGCAUGUUUCGGUCAGUGAAUGUUGAAUGUUCACACAUUGAGCAACUUCAAUCCUGAAAUAUGAAACUGCUACGAUUCCUUCAGUCCUUUCUGUACGAUGAAAGGGAUAUAAAUUCUUCGUGACUGCAGACGCAAAUAUAUUGAAAGUGAAGUGCUAGGUAUCAGUACGAUUCUUGUUGUUUUAUUUCCUUGAAGUAAAUGUGUAUCAUUUGGAGCUUUUUUGAACCGGAAGUAAUCUGCUUCAGGAAAAAGUGAUUUCUCCAAUAACAAAUGGAUCGAUUCUUUAAAGGAUUCAUCAUAGACUCUCAGAGAAAAUGAGUACUUUCGGCCAAUGGCCCUUUAGUAUUCUGUAGUUGAUGAUGAGAGAACAAGAUAACGUGGCGACAGAAAUUUUUUAUUCCAACGUCAAAUAGGUAUAUGUGUCAGUAGACACAGCAUUACGAUUUUAUUCAUCAUAGUUUCGUGGUUAAUAGAUUGAAUAGACUGUAAGUCAACCUCGUGCAAAAAAAUAUCUAUAUAUAACUUCCAAUCCAUUAAAUACAAAUCAACACUACAUUAACCUCUGGAAACGGAUGAUCUUAAGUCAGUGUGGCGCACUCAGUCCUUUAAAUAUUCGAGGUGUAGAAAGGCUAUAAGUCAAAAUAUCCUGAAAUGAUGUAGUUGCAUUAAUUGUCACAAUAAGUAUCACUUCAGUGGCCGCAUGCUAUAAAGAGUCUUUUCCGAGUGUUUGUUUUUCAAAGUUAGAUGGUUCGAGGUUCAGCCUGUUAACUCAUGUGUAGCAGAAUUCUAAUAUUGUUUCACAGUGACGCAUAUAUGAUGACGCUAUGGACCUAUUCCGACGUUAUUCUCUCCAGCAGGGAAUUACACCUUUAUUUCUGCACUGUUUUAACGUAGAAUCUGUGCAAGAACUCCUGCGAGGGCUUUAGGGAAAUCUCAUAUGAGUAUUAUGUGUAUGUAAAUAGCAAAACAUAUCGUGAAUAUUUAUUAUUCUCAUUAGGCAUCAUUCAGAUAGAUUUCACGUAUGAUAUCUAGCGUUAUUAUUCGCAAAUCUUCCAGACCUUGACCAAAUGAAUAUAUCUACGACGUUUCUUCUUAUCUACGUUCGAUGCCCUAUUCCGGGCAAGGUACUCAUUUACCCGGAAGUGGCAGCAUCUGCUGUUAGAACUGGUGUUAUGGAUUGUUUGCCUCAAUUUAUGGAGCAUCUCACGGACAACAUUUCACUUUUAAGCGCAACUUAAUAGUGAUAUCAAAGACAAAUACCCUGGCCAAGUUAGAGGCAUAAACUGAUCUAAAACUGUUGCAUGAACGUUAUGACUUUCUUGAAGUGCAUUAUUUUAACAGUGAUUUUCGUUUGAUAAGAAAGUGAUUUCUCUUCUCUCAUUCGGUGGUUCGUCGACUUAUGACAAGUUUUGUUGGUGGUGAACAUUCCAAAUAUCAAUACUACUAUACAUACUACAACUAGAGAGUUUGAUCUUAACUAUUGCAAAGUCUGAAAACCAGUAUAGACUGUGGCGUGUGUAAAUUGGUUGAAACGAUUCGGCAAGAGUAGUACUUCUCGCACAUUCACAAUUUAAAAAAGUCUGUGCUGCAGGCACAUGGCAGCAAUUAAAUUUCAUGAAUCAUGGUGGACUAAAGCAGAGACUCAUGGGUGAGUGUUUUGUGAUAAUUGAGCCCCAGCACGGAAUCGGAGUGGUAGACACGGUUUCCCGUCCUUACCUUGGCUUGCACUCCGAUUCCUAAUGCCUGAUUUCAUUCAGCACGAAGUGUAGUUUAUUCGUGUAUGUACUUGACGUGGUGUCCUGAUAUUACAUACGUAGUGUCUUCACUGGAUAAGGAGCUCUUAAUAGAGACUGGACCAAACAAUAAAUGUUAAAAUGAGCCAGGGAUUGAUAUUUUUGCCAAAGAUAGUUUAUGAAAAACGGUUACUACAUAAGACAAGGUUUGGUGUGAGUAACUAUAAAAACCAGUAGCAAUUUAAAUAUUAUUAUAAAAUCCAACUUCUGAAACGAUGAUGUUAUAUAUUUCAUAGCCGCAAAUUUUAAAACUACGAACAGUGGACGCAACAUGAUCUUUCUAUCUCUGUUUUAAAUGUUUCAGACAACUGAUUGUGCUAUUCACUAACUGUGAACUGUUGUAGCUGCUGGUGUUUUAAAUAAUUAUAACAUGUUAUUAACGCACA